AUGUCUGAGGGAGCGUACCAACGCCUCUGGGACAUCCACGUGGCCCUGCAGGAGCUGCUGGACCAAGAGCAGCCCCUGCUCCAGCCCGUGCCGGACCGGGAACGGCAGUCGUUCCAGUACAGGCUCUCGUCGCUCUACCUGCACUACCUGGGGCUGCUGCGCCGGUUCGACACCCUCCAUGACCAGAUGGUGCAGCCGCAGAAGCGGCGGCUGCUGCGGCGCCUGCUGGACAGCGUGGCCGGCCGCGUGCUGGAGCUCAAGGACGACCUGGUGCGCGCGGACCUGAGCGAAUACCACCGCCUGGACCGCGUGCUGCACGACCUGAAGUUCACCACGGCAGACCUGGAGGUUCCAAUCCCCAGAUACUUCCUGCUGGAGCAGUCCAGCAUUCUGAAGGAGCGGGAGCUGAUGCUGGCAGAGAUCCUGUCGAGAAUGGAGCCAGUGACCUCCAGGGAGCGUUUUCCAGAACUGCGCCGGACCGAGGCCAUAAUCCUUCUGCAAAGGGCUGAGCGGGCCAGGCAAGGCCGGCUCCGAGCCAUCUUCAUGCGAGAAAUUCGGAAAGAGGAGGAGCGGGAUCGGAAGAUUCGAGAGGAAGGUUGGCACAAGUUCAGUCAGGACCAAGCAGCUGUCACCAUUCAGAAGGUGUGGAAGGGUUACCUGCAGAGGAAACGCACUCAGCAGGACCGGCGAACUGAGAUGGAGUUCAUCGGCAUGCUCCCUUCGCCUAACAAGGUGGAAAGCUUGGGUAUCAUGUUCCAAGCUGGCCUCAGGGACGAUGUCCGGAGGCUCUGCCAGAUAGAGAAGGAGGAGGAGCUCCAGCUGGCGAUGGUGAAGACUCAUGAUUCUCUCAGAGAGACAGAGGGACCUGACAUAAAGGAGAAACUGAAGGAGCAAAUCCGACAGUGGUUUAUUGAGUGCCGUGCCCUUACUGGUCGAUUCCCUGAUUAUCCAGAUGAGUCUUUAGGUGGAUCCUACCUGAUCUUUGCAGACAAGACUCCAGAACAGCUGAAAAUGGAACUGGAGGCGCAGGUCCAGGAGAGCAAAAAAAAGGACCAAGAGAAAAAUAAGGAAAAAGAAAAGGAGAAAAAAGAGAGGAAGAAGAAAGGGAAGGAAACAAAGACCAGGAAGGGGGAAGCAGACGCAAUACUGAAAGUCUCACCAUCCAAAUUUAUACCUGUGAUUAAUGCCGCACACGAGGAGUAUAUAACUGUCUGGAGACAGCGGCAUGAGAGCGUACACCCCAAUCAGAGUUUUGACCCCGAGAUGCUCCGGGUGGAGAAGAGGAAGGAAGUGGAGCAGGAGAUCCGGAUACAGGUGGAUGAGUUGAUGCGUCAAGAGUUGAAGAACCUGCGCCUGGCUGUGGACAGGGAGGAGGAGAGAGCCUUGAAGGCUCCGAAGAAAAAGACCGGGAAGAAAACUGGGAAGAAGAAGGAAAAAGAUCUGACCCCAAACAGGACCCUGGACUCUCUGUUUGAAGAGCUUGUGGUCUCUGGCUUCCUAAGGAAAAGUCAGACUGUGGCCUUGAAAGACUACAUUGGGGACUACCUCUAUCUUGGAUCCACGCUGAGUUUGGCAAACAAGUUGCCUAUGCCUUCCCUGUUUGACAUACGACAGAACGUGGCCUUGUACGCGGUCCUUCGGCUUGGCUCCCCAGAUAUACACUCCAUGGCUCCCCUCAUCCGUUCCAUCCUCCUGGUGGGCCCCUCUGGCACGGGGAAGAAGAUGUUGGUCAAGGCCGUAUGCACAGAAACCAGUGCCAACCUGUUUGACCUGUCACCUGACAACCUGCAGGGCAAAUAUCCUGGCAAGACCGGGGCGCAGAUGAUAGUGCAUAUGGUCUUUAAGGUGGCUCAACUCUUACAGCCCUCUGUUAUCUGGAUCGGGAAUGCCGAGAAGAACUUCUAUAAGAAGGUCCCAAAAGAAGAGAAGGAGAUGGAACCGAAGCGAAUAAAGAAGGAUCUCGCCAAGGCCCUGCGACUGCUGCACCCGGGAGACCGUGUGAUGCUGAUCGGGACCACCAACCAGCCGCAGCUGGCGGAGAUGCAGGGGCUGUGCCGGACCUACGAACGGAUCCUCCUCGUGCCGCGGCCCGAUUAUGCUUCUCGCUACGUGCUCUGGAGGCAGAUGAUAGAGGCCCACAGAGUCCACGUGACCCAGGGCCUGGACAUCAGUGCCCUGGCCAAGGUAUCUGAUGGGUACACACCAGGCCACAUUCACCAAGCCGUCCAAUCAGUGCUGACCGAGCGGCGGGUCCUACAGUUGUCAAAGAGGCCCCUGGUGGCCUCGGAGUUCCUGGGGCAUCUGGCGAAGCUGGAGCCGGUGUACCGGGAAGAGGAGGAGUCCCUGAAGGAUUGGUACUUCAAGACCCCACUGGGCAAGAAGAGGCUAAAACUCAGCAAGGACCAGGAUGCUGAGGAGGCCAAGCUGGCAAAGGAGAAGAAAAGGAAGUGAUGGCUGAGGCCAGGGCGCCCGGGCUUAGCAAGGGGGACUGGGCGGUGCCCGCAGGUGGAGGGCCGGGGGCAGAGACAUAAACGCCCACACGGCUUGGGGAGCAGCUCUCUCUGUCCAUCUCCAUGCUUCCCGCCCCUGCUCUGUGCCCCCUGCCUGUGCCCAGGCUCCCCCUCAUGCCGCACCCCUCCUGGUCCUCAGUCCUCGCCCACUCAUAGCCUUCUCUGCUCGUGUCCCAGGUCCUUGUCCUCUGACCCCACCCAGGCCUUCAUCUCCUGUCAUUUCCUGUCCUGGCUCCCCAGCUCUCUUCCUCCUGGGGGAGGGGGUGGUGUUAAGAGAGAACAAUAGAGAGAGCCAGGAGAAAGGGGGGUCUCCACUAAGUCUGGAAAAGGAAAAAAACAAGUGUGGCUGUCGGCAGCCCCCGGUCCUCGCCUCACUCGGUACUAAGUCUCUGUGUGAUCUUACACAGCCCCCUCCGGUCGCUGGGCCUCAGUUUCCUUACAUGUAAACUGAGGAGAGGUUGGACCAGCCACCCUCUGAGGUCCCCGGUGCUCUAGGGUUUGAUUAUUCUGCAAAAGUGUGCCGGGGGGUGGUGAGGACUCUUAGGCAGCAGUGGGGUGGGGCGGAGGAAGGUUCUAGGGAGAAAAGGUGUAAUAGGCGCUGGCUCUACAAUGUGUGGUCCCCACAUCUUUCUGAAGCGCCCCCUGCCCACCUGCCCGAGCUCUUCCUCUGACCCAGAGCCUGUCCCUCAGGGGGCCGGUGGGACCAGAGGAUGGGACCCAGGGCCGCACGCCCCUGGAUGGAAGUUCAUCUGUGGGUCCCCCUUGCUGGGGAGGGAAGAGUUGGGGGCACUGAGGGCUGAGAGCCCCGGGCUCUCUCAGAGGAAGCAGCAUAAAGAGCGUGUCAGUUUGGCACGCCUGGGUGGCUCGGUCGGUUAAG